AAUCUGUUGUGUCCGACUCAUUUCCUUUCUCCUCUUGUUGCUGCGAUGAGUCGGAAAGGUAGGCGCAAGCAUCACUCCUCAAUCGAAGCGUUCGGUUGUCUAGAUGACGAGACACUGAAGCAUUUAGAGGCCAUUGCUGGUCGAGAUCCCAGCGAGGACGAAGAAGAACGUGAAGUUGUAACUCUGAAACAAGAGCGCGUCGAUAAUUACUACGUGGUAGGAGAUGUGUUGGGAAAGGGGCGGUUCGGUACCGUCUACAGAUGCCAGUGCAAAGAAUCGGGAAACGAGUUUGCUGGCAAGUUUAUCAGAAAGGUUGGAUUGAGGCGUGUGAAGCAAGAGGAGAUACGUCGAGAAGUGGACAUAAUGAAUGCCGUUCGGUCACGGCGUGUCGUUAGUUUGAGAGAUGGUUUCGAGACAGCAGAGUUUGUUGUUUUCAUGCUGGACUUGGCAACUGGCGGUGAGCUAUUUGAUUAUCUGGCUGAAAAGGAUGCGUUGACUGAGGAUGAGGCUGCGAAGUUCACGAGACAUAUUCUAGAAGGAAUUGAUUGUAUGCAUGAGAAGAAUAUUGUUCAUCUAGACUUGAAGCCCGAGAACAUCAUGUUGAAGGACAAGAAUCGAUCUAAAGUUGUUAUCAUUGAUUUGGGAUUAGCGAGAGAUUUGAACAAAGGAGAAGUCAAGGACAUCUGUGGCACCCCUGAAUUUGUUGCACCAGAGGUUCUGAAUUUUGACCCGGUUACUCUGGCAACGGACAUGUGGACAGUGGGAGUAAUUGUCUACAUUAUGUUAAGUGGUUGUUCACCCUUUCUUGGAGAUGAUGAUAACGAGACCAUGGCCAACGUUUGUAAUGGAGACUAUGAAUUCUUUGAGGAAUACUUUAGUGAAGUAUCGACAGGCGCAAAGGAUUUCAUAAAAAAGCUGCUUCGAUUUCGACCACAGGAUCGAUCUACUGCCUAUCAAAGCCUCAUGCAUCCAUGGAUCAAGCCCAAAAGAGGUCAGAGAAGUCGUUCGCGAAUUGAUACUGCUCGUUUAAAGAGAUUUAAUGCACGUCAGAAAUGGCAGGCAACUAUGGAAGCUGUCAAGUUAUCUCUUAAAAUGAGAAUAUCAAUAGGGAGUGUCAGCUCAUGGAUGAACUCUCACCCAUCUUGUAGCAGUUUGUCUCUUGAUUCACAAUCAUCUAUGAAUGAGGACCUUGAACCUAGUGUAGACAAGAGUGGUAUAUCAAGUGAGUACAGUGACAGUGUGUUUGCAUCACCAGCUCGCCAAACAGCUCAGCAAAAUGUAGGAGGAUCUGUGAACAGUUGCUCUAUGUGUGGCUCAAUAUCAUCGGUCUAUGACACAGAUGAUGAGGUUACUUCUGUGUAUAGCAAGUCUGAUGCCAUGACUAAGGUUCAUCAGCUCAUUGAGAGCAGAAAUCUAAAACCCAGUUCAAGCCAGAGUGAAACAAGUCUGUUGUCAGGUGACGUAACAAAGGAGCACUCAAGUGUUGGUCAUCCAUUGUUGAACAGUUCGAUAAAAAGGCAGAGAAAAGUAGGUACAGGAUUCAGUCCACUCUUUCCUCAUUCCACAUCUAAGUCACUACCAGGAAAGGAGCAGACUGCAGCAUUUUCUGAAAGAGUAGAUGACGAAGAUCUUAUGUCUGGUGUGGUGGCAUCACUGAAACAAGAAGUCAAAGCAAGACUUAGAGAGGGAGAGAAGCAGACCAAUUCCAAAUGCAGCAAGCUUGACAAUUUUCAAUGUGAUGACAAUCCCGACAGCCAUGGAAACCAAACAAGUUCUCCGAGAAACAUGAAGAAUGAGGCUACGGUGUCUACUGGGCAAAACCAUAUAGAUGUAGUAAGACCAGACAGUGAUGUCAGGACAGAACCUGAUAUUGUAGAGAAAUCUGAAUCAAAAGUUCAAAAGCUACGAAAUACAAUUAUGAAAUGGAGAAGAAGCAGUGUUUCUGAUGGAGGCAAAAUUAAUGGAAAACGGAAGGGUUUGGAUUUAGUGUGUGCAGAGUCAGAUGAUAAGGAGAAAGCAGAUGUUAUUGUUGCAUCACCAGAAGAGCCUGUUCAAAAGAAAAAGCGAAAGAAAGUCAUUCGAGUAGUGAAGAAAGUUGUCAAAAAACGAAAAAAGGUUCCCAAACAAGCGAGUAAGCCAGCAACUGAUGUCAGUGAUGAUGUUGCUUCAGUCGAUCCAUUAAAACAAGAGAAACAAAAGGUGUCCACAACUAAAAAAGAAGGACUUUCUAAGUUUUUAAGAAGGUUCAGCUUUAGUCGCAGUAAGUCAUCUUGCCCUGUUGUUGCUGAAAACCAUUAUGUGGAUAAACAGGAAGACCAACUAGAUGCUGCAGAGGUAGAGAAACUUGAUGUUUCAGGCUGUGUGAAUGUAGAGAACGAUGCUUGUGAUGCUGUUGACGAGCCUUUGGCAGAAACCGUGUUGAAAUUGGACUACGUGCAGUCCUGUCUUCCCUCAAAUGCUAACAAUACUGAAUCAACUGAGAAGCAGCCUCAAUGUGAUUUGCCUGACUUGACCCAGGAUAUCCAAAAGCAUAGUUCACCUGCAGAGGAAACAACAGGUGUGUCAACUGAACAACCAGCAAACGUGGCAGAUACUCAUCAUAUUCACUACAACAAACUUCCUGGAGAACAGUCUGCAGAGGACGAACACCAAGUCACUGUUGACCCUGUAGAGAAAGAUGUGGGUGAAGUACGAGUACAAGAGGUGAUGACGAUAGGCCCAGCUGAAAAUGCAUUGUUGGAAAAUCAUGGGUGCGAGGAGAAAGAGGAGACAGUGUGUAAUAUGGUGACGGACAUCAUUGAAGACAAGGUUGAAAGUAACCCAACGGUGGGUGUGAAAAACCAUAGUGCCACAAGGAGUGACAUAACUGUAAAUAGGAGAUCACCUGUUCCAUACACAUCGCAGUGUAAUGAAGUAAAGGUUGAAGAAACUCCACAACAGCAUUCUGCCCACAAUAGAGCAGUUUCAAGAUUCAGCCGUUGGGAAUCGGAAAAGAAAGUUUCUGUUUUUGAACGGGUACAGAUGUAUCAGGGUCAGAAGAAUGCAGACGUAGAAAACGUCAGGAAACCUGCUCACAGUUCAAGGCAUCCCAACAUUAGAUCAGAAUCAGUCACAAAUCUGAGAGUAAAGUAUGAAUCUGCUGCUGCAAAACCAAACAGUGGCAGUUUUAAUAUGGAACUGUGCCAGGAAAAGGCAGUUAAAUCUAGAACAUUGGGAAGAUGUGAUGUGGGUGUCAGUGGUUCAAAGAGUGUUACUGAGGGUUUGUCUAACAUAGGCAAUGGUCGUGCAUCUUUGAAAUUAGGUGUGAACAGUGUGGACAGAUCACCGUCAUUGAAUUGUUUGUAUUCACAUAGUAAGGUGUCACCCAGCUCUGGUGGGUUGUCUUCCCUAGUUCAUCGAUUCGAGUCUAAAUCUCCAGGGACAACACCAGAUACUACUCCUGAACCUGAAAUAGUCAGUCCCAAAGUUGGUAUUCGACACAGACUUUACCGCUCAAGGUCAGAUUCUACCCCUGAACCUGAAACAAACAGUCAAGGGCUAAAGUUUCGACGUGAGAAGAGAUCUCCACUGAUGACAUCAGAUGUCACUGCUGAGCCUGAACUACUAAGUCCAGUACAUAAGGUUCGACAGAUAUGGAUGUCACGAGAAGAAUCAGAAGUACCUGAUGACAAGUCAAAGGUGCUUGACAAUAAACCACCACCGAAGAUUCAACUUCGAGAUUCUUGGCAAAAGCCUGAAACAAAAAGGCAACCAAAGGAAUUGAAUAAAGUUUCCAGUUUAGAGGGAUCUGUUUUGUUUUCAAAGGCAAGAUCACCAGUUGCCAGUCAAAAUCAAGGAUGGUACAAGAAACAUACUAGGGAUACUCAGAAAGACACUGCUGAAAAAGUUGGAGUUGGCAACAAUCUGUCACUUGUUGGUAGCAAGCAGCCAUCAGAGUCAGUCAACAAUAAAGGAUUAGCAGAGAAGGUACGGAUUGACAGCCCUUCAUCUUGUGAGACAAAAGAAAUACAAAACAGAACAGCUGGUCAUCGUCAGAAAUCAGAAGAGAAAGUGAGCUGUAAAGGCUCUGUUGCUCCCACAAGCACUUCAUCACAAGUUCGAGUAGGUAACCUAGGGCGCCUUCCUGAUCGGCAGAGUUCUGUAACCGUCCAACAAAGCUUGAUCUCGCCAAUGGUUAGUGAAAAAAAUGCUGUCAAAGUUGCUCCUAGAGAUGUCACUGCCCGUGUUGUUCGAUUGAAUGGCACAAAUGGGACCAACCACAAUCAUGUUAUACCUUGUGGCACUACUGCAUUGAGAAGUGAAUUUAGACAAGCACCUACGGAAUCGGGUAAUGUAACACGACCUCACAUCACAGUCAACAAGCAGUCUCUUUCAAGUGGGAAGUCUGGAUCAAAAAUUACUAUGACAUUUAGUGUCCAAAAGCCAUAGUGUGGCGAGAACAGAAUAGCAUGGUGCUUGUUGAAGGUUUACCUGAAAGUAUGUGUAUAUAGUCACAAAAUUAGUACAACUAUGUUUAAUUAACCUUCAACAAUUGCAUCUAUUUGUAGUCUGUACAUGUCAUUUUACAUCUGUACAAAGUGUGCACUGGAUAUUGAUGGUCUUGGCAUAAACAGUCAAUAUAACAAAUUGUAAUCUA